CAUCCGGCCGCGUUAGACCGGUGCGGAGGCGGUGCGGAGCGCGUCUGCUCUGGGCGACUCUCAAAGUGUGGCGUCGCGCGGGGCCCACGGCGGAGCCUCUGUAAGGAAAGCGGGAGCGUGACAGCUUCGGUACAGGCCGGCAGCGGCGACAGCAGCCCGGAGACAUGAGCGACAGCGGCGAGCAGAACUACGGCGAGCGGGAAUCCCGUUCUGCUUCCAGAAGUGGAAGUGCUCACGGAUCAGGGAAGUCUGCGCGGCAUACCCCUGCAAGGUCUCGCUCCAAAGAAGAUUCCAGGCGUUCUAGAUCCAAGUCAAGGUCCAGAUCUGAGUCUAGGUCUAGAUCCAGAAGAAGUUCUAGAAGGCAUUAUACAAGGUCACGAUCUCGAUCCCGCUCCCAUAGACGAUCCCGGAGCAGGUCUUACAGUCGAGACUAUCGCAGACGCCACAGCCACAGCCAUUCUCCCAUGUCUACUCGGAGGCGUCAUGUUGGGAACCGGGCAAAUCCUGACCCCAACUGUUGUCUUGGAGUAUUUGGGUUGAGCUUGUACACCACAGAAAGAGAUCUAAGAGAAGUGUUCUCUAAAUAUGGCCCUAUUGCUGAUGUGUCUAUAGUGUAUGACCAGCAGUCUAGACGUUCAAGAGGAUUUGCCUUUGUAUAUUUUGAAAAUGUAGAUGAUGCCAAGGAAGCUAAAGAACGUGCCAAUGGAAUGGAGCUUGAUGGACGUAGAAUUAGGGUUGAUUUCUCAAUAACAAAAAGGCCUCAUACCCCAACACCAGGGAUUUAUAUGGGGAGACCCACUUAUGGCAGCUCACGCCGCCGGGACUACUAUGACAGAGGAUAUGAUCGGGGUUAUGAUGAUCGGGAUUAUUACAGCAGAUCAUACAGAGGAGGCGGUGGAGGAGGCGGCGGAUGGAGAGCUGCUCAAGACAGGGAUCAGAUUUACAGAAGGCGGUCACCUUCUCCUUACUAUAGUCGUGGAGGAUACAGGUCACGUUCCAGAUCCCGAUCCUACUCACCUCGUCGCUAUUAAAGCAUGAAGUUGAAGGCUUUCUGAAACCUGCCAUCGAGCUGGGAUAUUGUUUGUGGACAAUAUUUUCUAUUGUCUCCUGUUUAAAAAGUGAACAGUGCCUAGUGAAGUUAGGUGACUUUUACACCUUUUAUGAUGACUACUUUUGGUGGAGUUGAAAUGCUGUUUUCAUUCUGCAUUUGUGUAGUUCGGUGCUUUGUUCAAAGUUAAGUGUUUUCAGAAAAGUAUGUUUUGCAUGUAUUUUUUUACAGUCCAAAUUUUGACUGCUGAGAAGUUUCUAUUGUACAAAACUUCAUUUAAAAGGUUUUUCUACUGAAUCCAGGGUAUUCUGAAGAUCGAAGCCUGUGUGUAAAAUGCUACCAAAUGGCAAAAAGCAACAAUAAACAAGUUUGAUUUUUACUUUUCUUUCUAAAUAUCAAUGCUUAACCAGAACCAUUCUUAAGUUAUCAGUAAAGAAUUUUAAGAUAAUGAUGUUUUCUUUCAGGAGUCCAUGAAACUUGCCAUAUUCAAUAUACCUGCAAUUAAGUGUUAAAAAUAUGCUGUAACUCUGUGCUGUUAGUAUUAGAGCAAAAAUCUUUCCAUACAGCAGAUACUUAAUGCUUACAUUAUUGUGGAUUUGUCGUCCUUUAUGUAAUCUGUAUUAUAUAUAGCAGGGGAUAAGAGCUACAGAUACACGCCUUUAAAAGGCUGUUUCUUAAGGCUGUUACAAGAAAAUAACGGUAUUUCAACUAGUUAUCAACAAGUGACAAUACAUUCCACCACGUACUCUUGUUCUUCUAGCUUUUAGACUAUAUGAAAAUACUGGGUGCUUCAAAGUAUGGAAUGAGAGAAGGGAUCACCACAACUGUGUCAUGGAUGAAACUGAAGACUGCCUGUUCAUUUUUUAAAUAUUAUUUUCAGGUCCUUUGCUUACCAAAGGAGGCCCAAUUCACUCAAAUGUUUUGAGAACUGUUGAAAUAAACGCAAAGAGAAAAAUUGCUGAUGCAGCUUGUUUUACAAAGAAGUGUUGGUUUCUUUUAAUUUUCGCUAUUGUAAUUAAAGUUCUGUAGUUUA